AUGGACUCCUUCGACAACUUUCAGAACGACUCAGCGUCGUCCUACGGCGGUUUCAACGUCGUAGACGACACAUCCUCAGUAUACACCGCGAAUACCCAGGACAACGCUUCCUCAGUCGAUCUAUCUAGCCUCUCGCUCUCUGAGUACAACGGUGGAUCUUCUGUGGGCAAUGGACAUGCUCACCACCACCACCACCACCACCACCACCACCACCACUCUUCCCAGAAUCAAGCUCGCUCUGGAAUAGAUGAGGACUUUGACGCCGUCCUAGAUGAUCUGAAGGACGAGUCUGCCGUGGAUUUGCCGCCCCACGCAUGCAGCUACUGCGGCAUCCACUCACCCGCAUCUGUUGUCAAAUGCUUGGUUUGCUCCAAGUGGUUCUGCAACUCGCGAGGAAACACGUCUGCAUCGCAUAUUGUCAACCAUCUUGUGCGCGCUAAGCACAAGGAGGUCAUCCUCCACGCCGAGUCUCCUCUGGGCGAGACAACUCCGGAGUGCUACAACUGCGGCAGCAAGAACGUCUUCAUGCUCGGUUUUAUCCCAGCCAAGAGCGAUACUGUCGUCGUCUUGUUGUGUCGCCAACCCUGUGCGGCCAUUUCUAAAGAUAUCUCGUGGAAUGCCUCGCUCUGGGCACCAUUGAUUGACGACCGCUCUUUCCUGUCGUGGCUCGUCAAGCCCCCAAGCGAGACCGAACAACUUCGUUCCCGCCAAAUCUCCUUUGCGCAGAUAAAUCGUCUUGAAGAUCUCUGGCGCGAGGAUGCCAAUGCCACCCUCGAAGACCUUCAGAAGCCGGGUGUCGACGACGAACCGCAGCCCAUCCUGCUCCGCUACGAGGAUGCAUACCAAUAUCAGAACAUCUUCGGACCUCUCGUGAAGAUUGAAGCUGAUUACGAUAAGAGGUUGAAGGAGAGUCAGACCCAAACUGAUAUUACUGUACGGUGGGAUCUUGGUCUGAACCAGAAGCGUGUCGCCUGGUUUUGUCUCCCCAAGCUGGAGAGCGGAGAAGUGAGGCUGGCCGUUGGAGAUGAGUUGAGGUUGAGGUACCAAGGCGAGCUGCACAAACCUUGGGAGGGUGUUGGCCAUGUUAUCAAGAUUCCAAACAAUGUCUCCGAUGAGAUUGGAUUGGAGCUGCGCCGUACCGACGGUGUUCCUGCCGAAUGCACCCACAAUUUUGCUGCUGACUUCGUCUGGAAGUCUACAAGCUUCGACCGCAUGCAGCUUGCGAUGAAGACCUUUGCUGUCGACGAGAAAAGUGUCAGCGGAUACAUCUAUCAUAAACUUCUUGGACAUGAACUCGAACCUCAGUCCCUCAAGACUCAGAUGCCCAAACGCUUCUCGGCCCCAGGCCUUCCCGAACUCAAUCAUUCCCAAAUGUAUGCGGUCAAAAGCGUGCUCCAGAAGCCUAUCAGUUUGAUCCAAGGACCACCUGGUACCGGAAAGACUGUUACCUCUGCCUCCAUCGUCUACCAUCUCGCGAAGAUGAACCCAGGCCAAGUCCUUGUCUGUGCUCCCUCCAACGUAGCCGUCGACCAGCUGACGGAGAAGAUCCAUGCCACCGGGUUGAAAGUCGUUCGUCUGACUGCGAAAUCGCGUGAAGCCCUCGACUCGAGCGUCGCGUUCCUCACCCUGCAUAACCAGGUCGCCAACAGCACCACGCAUGUGGAACUCCAGAAGCUCAUCAUGCUGAAGAAUGAGCAAGGAGAGCUAAGCAGCAACGACGAGAGGAAGUACAAGACGUUGAUCAGACAAUGCGAGAAGGAGAUUUUGGCGGCUGCGGAUGUGAUUUGUUGCACUUGUGUGGGUGCUGGAGAUCCGAGGUUGAGCAAGUUGAAGUUUAGGACGGUGUUGAUUGACGAGGCUACGCAAGCUGCUGAGCCAGAAUGUAUGAUUCCUCUAGUUCUUGGUUGCAAGCAAGUCGUCCUCGUCGGAGAUCAUCAACAACUUGGCCCUGUCAUCAUGAACAAGAAGGCAGCCCGCGCCGGCCUCACUCAAUCCCUCUUCGAACGCCUCGUCCUUCUCGGCAACCGGCCAAUCCGCCUCCAAGUCCAAUAUCGCAUGCAUCCAUGUCUCUCUGAGUUCCCAUCCAACAUGUUCUAUGAAGGCACCCUCCAGAAUGGUGUCACCGCUCCUGAACGUCUCCGGAAGAACGUUGACUUCCCGUGGCCUGUACCCGACACCCCCAUGUUCUUCUACCAGAACCUCGGCCAGGAGGAGAUCUCGAGCAGCGGCACAUCCUUCCUCAACCGCACCGAAGCCUCGAACGUCGAGAAGAUUGUGACCAAGUUCUUCAAGUCAGGUGUGAUGCCCAGCCAGAUUGGGGUCGUGACGCCAUACGAGGGGCAGAGGUCCUACAUUGUGAACUAUAUGCAGUUCAAUGGGUCGUUGAAGAAGGAUCUGUAUAAGGAGAUCGAGGUGGCGAGCGUCGAUGCGUUCCAGGGACGGGAGAAGGACUAUAUCAUCCUCAGCUGUGUGAGGAGCAACGAGCAUCAGGGGAUUGGGUUCUUAAAUGACCCGAGGCGGUUGAACGUGGCGUUGACGAGGGCGAAGUAUGGGGUUGUGAUCCUGGGCAAUCCAAAGGUCUUGAGCAAGCACCCUCUCUGGCACUACCUCUUGACUCACUACAAGGAGACAAACACACUUGUUGAAGGCCCUCUGAGCAACCUGCAAGUCUCCAUGAUCCAGUUCAGCAAGCCCCGUCGUACCCUCAUGAAAUCGAUGGAGCAGUUCCGCAGGCAUGAGACCACAGCGAGAGAUUUCCUCCCUACUGGACCAGCUGGGUUGUCACCCUCUGAUCGCCGUUCUGGUACUCCAAGUCGCUUCGACGCCAGCUUCUAUCGCACCCAUGACACCCUCGGAUACAUCCCUUCAGAUGUCCAGUCCCUCCGCUCCCAGGCAACCUAUUCGUCCGGCCUGCCCAUGUUCACUGCUCCUGGCCCGUUCGGCGGAGCCAUCCCUCGCGGCGUCAAUGGCGCUAAGCGGAGUAUCUACAGCUACGCCUCCUCCAUCGUCUCACAAGACGCCGGCCCGAGCGUCACCGAUGCGAGCAGCGUCAUCGGGCUCGGUGAGCGAGACUCCAAGAACGGGUCCGGAAGCGCCAACGGUGUGGGCAACGGGAACGCCGGCGUGGGGGGCAACCCGAACAUCGCAUACUCGCAGAGUGACCGUCUCCGCCGCCGAUCGUCGUUUGGCUCUGCGUCGGUCGCGGGCCAGAGUGACCUCGGCAGUCUCUCGCAGUACGAUUAUAAGAGCCAGGACGACACGACAGACUUGGAUGAUGUGAAGAGCCAGUAUGCAGGCACGCAGAGCGGGGUGACGGUGUUCUAG